AUGGCUGCAGAAAUUGGCUCCCGGAGGCUGGUCCAAGGUGCAGAGGUAUUUUCUCCAACAGCAAUCCCGGAUUUAGCUGAAGGAGAUCAGAGUGCUGGGGCCACUUGCACCCUCUUGAGCUUCUCAGAAUAUCCUGACCUCCAGGUUCCCUUGUUCCUGGUGUUCACCAUCUACACGGUCACCGUGACUGGGCCUCUGGGCAUGAUUGCCAUCAUCAGGGUCAGUCCCAAUCUGCAAACUCCCGUGUACUAUUUUCUCAGCCACCUGUCCUUUAUUGACUUCUGUUAUUGCCCCAUAGUUACACCCAAACUCUUCAAGAACUUGGUUGUAGAAGACAGAACUCUCUCCAUCGUAUUCAUCAUGCACUUCUUCGUAUUGUGCUUAUUUGCAGUGGCAGGAACAGUCAUGUUGGCAGUGAUAGCCUAUGACCAAUUUGUGGCAGUUUGUCAGCCUCUUCUCUACACGGUGGUCAUGUCUCCAGAGCUCUGUGCAUCAUUAGUGGCUGGACCCUACCCGUGGGGUAUAGUCGCUUCCCUGAUGCUCACCUAUUUCCUCCUGGCAUUGUCCUUCUGUGGGUCUAACAUCAUGAAUAAUUCUGUCUGGGAGCACUCUGUCAUUGUGUCUGUCUCCUGCUCUGACCCCUCCACCAGCCAAGUGCUUUGUUUUGUCAUCGCCAUAUUUAAUGAGGGGAUCAGCCUGGUAAUUAUCCUCACUACUUACAUAUCCAUUUUUGUCACUAUCCUAAAAAUGCCUUCUGCUGGUGGGCACCGGAAAGCCUUCUCUACCUGUGCCUCCCAUCUCACCGCCAUCACCCUUUUCCACGGGACGGUCCUAUUCCUUUAUUGUGUACCCAAAUCCAAAAGCGAGUGGCUCAUAGUCAAAGUGGGUUCUGUAUUUCAGGCAGUGGUGAUUCCCAUGCUGAAUCCUCCGAUCUACAGCCUCAGGAACAAAGAUGUGAAAGAGAGUGCCAGGAAGUUAAUGAAUCGCUUAAUACAAUGUUGCUGA